AUGGGGCUCAGACCCGCGGCGUGGGCGGUGCACAGCCGGGACCCCCCCCCCCCCCGCCGCGCCGGGAGGAGGGAGCGGAUGAGCAGGAUGGGGGGCUGCGGAGGGGGCGGUGAUUCGGGGAGAAAACGCGCCGGGGACCCUCCGUUUCCCCAGCAAGAGCCCCCGGCGCUCCCGUUGCGUACCCACAGCCGCCCUGCCGCAGACCCCUCCGGUUCCCCGCCGGACACCCCGGAACUGGCCAAGUACUUUUUGGCAGAACUGCUCUCAGAGCCAAGCCAGACAGAAAAUGAAGCCCUGGAGUCUGAGGACUUGUCCCGAGGGGCUGAGCAGGAUGAAGUGAGACUGGAGCUGGAGCGCUCGGCUAACUCAAACCCCGCUCUGGCACCCCGGGAACGCAAAGCAGGCUGCAAGAACUUCUUCUGGAAAACUUUCACAUCCUGUUAGCUUUUGAAACCCACCUCCCCUCCCCAUCCAUCCCUGCCUUCUUCCUAGCCCCCUGCCCUGAGCAGAACCUUCACCACAAGAGGCGAAGACUGUAAAUAUACAAUCCACGGUUAUGGUGAAAUUAAACAAACAAGGAAAUUUUGAGUUUGAUUUCCAGUUGUUUUAAUAAAACUUUCUGUUCCAAUUGUACACAAUUUGCUUGAGUUGUGAUUUCUGACUAGUUCUUUAAUGACAUGCACUCUGCAACUCUUUCAGAUGUACUAUUUUUAAUUCUUUGUUGCAAUAAAAUUUAUGUUUCAAACAGUGA